ACGGCUGAUUGACACACGUGGUCUUCAUCUCCAGCAUCUGCAUCAUCUCUUUGCCUUCACCAUGAAGACGCUGACUGUGACUGCCCUUCUGUGUGCCAUCAUGGCUCUGACUGGAGCUGCUGCUCUCCCAGAGGAAAUGUCUGGAGAAGAACCCAAUGAGCGACAUCUGGUCAAGCGGUCUUUAUUGUGUUCCACUCGCUAUAACGGUCGCUGUUUCCGCUUCAUUCCAAGAGAGAUGACUUGGGGUAAAGCUGAGAAAAACUGUCUUUCUCUGGGUGGACACCUUGCAUCUGUUCACAGCGUCCUGGAGUACCAUGAUAUUCAGAAAGCCAUCAUAAGCUCCAGUUUCCAUCAUCCGACUACAUGGAUUGGAGGCUCUGAUGCACAAGAGGAGAAGCAAUGGUUCUGGAGUGAUGGGACAAGAUUUGACUACACGAAUUGGGCCAAUGGAGAGCCUAACAGCUUGGCGGGUCACCAGCAUUGCAUUCAAAUGAAUUUUGGAGAUGCGAAGGCCUGGGAUGACGGCAACUGCUUGAAUAAACGUCCAUCUAUUUGUGCCCAGUGAACCUGAUCCCUUCACUGGCGGUGAAGCCUCAGGUGCCCCUUGAUUAGGAAAAAGGGGGUGCAAGCUUUCAAACACAUCUGAUUGUAUUUGAC